ACCGGUGUUGAUUCUCCAAAUUGGAUAUCAGGUGAUCAAAGUACCGACUGGUACGUUCACUGAGCUUCUGUUCAUCACGCAGCAGAUUAUUCACCUCAUCCUCCGUGGCUUCACCGGCCGGUCGUGCGGCUCGCAUAUGCAGACACUGCUGCGCCAGAUCCCAAAGUGGCCGCAGAUUUUUGGAGAUACUCUCACAUAAGCGGGAAUGACACAGUUGAAGUUUGUCGUCCUCCUGCCUGAGAUCAUGCAGCAUACCCUCCAGUUCAUCCUCAAAGUAUCCGACCGCGUCAACUCGUUGCUCUAAAGAAGAGACAUCGGUUUAUACAGAGACCGAUAACGGAAAGCAAAGGAAGCCACUUGCCAACCUAAUUUCUGCUUGACCUGGGUCUCAGCUAACCGGUUGACCUCGAAGCGGUCCCGGCACAAGCGGAGACUGUCUUCGACUAAGCGGUCACUGCGUUGUCGCUGGCUAGUACCGUCCUUGAUGAGGGCCGUAUUAUGGGUGCGCCACGCUGUGAUACUGGCACCCAGUUGGUUUUUGGGAACGCCAUAGUCGUGCGGGUAUUUGUACGGACUGAUAUUGGUGUCAAGCAUGACGAGGGACGCGCUGCAAAGAGAGUGUCAAAAAGUCAGAACAAAGCAAACAAAGAAGGGCUGACAAAAUCAAAGGGAAAUCGAGCCCAACAGGAUUUUAAAGAUCAAUGUUUUCUCAACUAAGAACAGUAACGGGGAAGAACGCGCUUGAUUAAGGCCCACCAAAUAGUUGCUAAGCCGAUGGAACGAUCCGGGAGGGAAACGCGGCGGAAGCGCUCGCGUCCCAGUACCGGAAUAUAUUGUGGACGGUUUCUCUGUCUGCUUGACGCCAUCAAGAAUAACCAUUCCUACUUGCCGAAAGUUGUUUCGAAAUUACAGCUGUUCGUCCACGUCGCUGGUUUGGUGCAGCUGGCUAUUCGUUGGACUUCGCCGCAAGGAAGCGGCGGAAUCCGCCUGCUUCCAUUUUGCCGGGAAUAAAAUUCGCUAUGUUGACCGGGUUAAUCCGGCCAUAAAUCUUUCGCAAAUCCUGAAAAGCACACCAAGCGCAGUGCGUGUAACCUUGACUACAACGCAAACCGUAACGUACUGCAGCAAAAUAAGCACUGUACGCGAUAUGGGAAUCUGACGGAGUUCCCCACAUCGUACGUUCCGCCAACCCCCAUAGCUAAAUAUAGCUAUCAGUUAUGACUGCAGCUGCAUUAACUGUCGAUCACCUGUUGAUCAUUGCGUGAAAGAAAAUUUGCAGUUUCUGUGCUUGGGAGAAGUCAGCGACACUUAUUUGCCGAAAAGAAUCGUGCCAUGGUCGCAAAUCCUUGUUGCCGCCGUCUUGCCAAAGAAUUUGACGGUUUCGAUUGGCUUAAUUCUCGAAUAUUGUAAGAAUCCUCUCUAUCAAAUCCCCAAUGACGCCCCCUCACCAUUGUGACCUAUGCACGGACCAUGCAGAAUGGCGAGUCGUCCUCUAACGUCACUGCCGUCUCAUCGCGUCCCUCCAGUUCCAGCAGUCUAAACAGUGUUGACACCACCAAUCCGCAGGUUUCCUCCAAUACCUCGUACUGGGAAGAAUUCGAGCAGCUGUUGAAUGCGCACUGCCAGCGGGUGCUGCAGGAGAUCGAUCAGCGCUUCAAAUCACUAGCUGAACAUUUAUGGGCGGACAUCGAUCAACACUGCGCGCAGCCGGAUCUCAUCCAUCGCACUUUCACCGAUAAUUUUCACCAAAUCGAUGACUACCUUGAUCAAGAGUUUGCUCAAACAAAACAAGAGCUUGACCGCGCAUUGGGAAUGGAUCGACGCCGACCUUCAGGUUCAACAUACCUGCAGCCAAGCAGUCAAGCACCCUCUUCGGCAUAUCCUUCGGGAACUUCUGCCUAUCCCUCCGGAACUUUGGCUUUUCCCUCAGGUACGACAGCGCCCAGUGCUUACCCAUCGGAUGCCACCUCCUCCUUCUGCCCGCCCUCCUCUGGAUAUCCCAGCGAUGUCUCGGCGACGACCGCGCCAUCCUCCUUUGUUCAGCCUAUCUCCAAUCCCUCCGUGCCCUUUCCCACACAACGACGCUCAUCGGCCAGCAGUAUAUCGCAACCGUUGUCCUCGGCCAUUACUCCCCUCCAUUGCUACCAUGGAAUACCUCACACCGCGGUCGUCACUCAGCCGGACUCCGACAGGAACCGUCUCCCAGGAGCCUUCGCGCGUGCGGAGUCCCUGGAGUGAUCCACCUACCCGGGCGGUGACCCCCUCGACAGCAUUAGCUGGAGGGGAUCGGGUGACGCCAGGACUGCGAACCGGAAGCCUUGAGGGAGGGAAUCAUGGGGAUCAGGCAUUGCGGCCGCAGAUGCCAGGUGCAGUAUUUCCUGGGGACCAGAUGUUGGGAGAGCACGCAAAGGGGUUCGCUGGACAAGCGUGUGCGUGUUCUCCGUGCACCGUGCAGUGUGUAUGCCCGUGUCCGUGCCCCGUGCCAUGUCCGCCGAUGCCAGAGUUGCCUCCGCGGAUCGUGGAGUCCACGGAAACCUGGCGCCGGUAUUCCAAAGGCCCGCCGUCUUUAUUCGCCUGGGGUGUCUUUGUGGGAAUUUGUGCGGUGCUGUUGUUCCUGUACUUGGGCAGUUCGCUGCCGGCUUGUGUUCGCCAGUAUAUACCAUUUAUCCGACAGAAUCUCUACGCUGAGAAUUACAGUUAUCGCCGGAGGCCGUACGAUGCUUUUUGGACGAGUUGCGGCACCUCAUUCUUAGAAUGGUGGAUGUACACGCGGAAUUUAUUCUUCAAUUACUGACGUUGGUUUGUUAUGGGUGGGGAAUUUAUUUGACAUGUUUCUGACUUCAGAUUAGGACUUAAAUGCUUUAUUUAUUUUAUUUGAAUCACUUUGUUCUGGGUAGAUUUGCCCUGAUUUUCUUCCCACAAUCUUUUGUACCAUUUGGUUUGUGACCUUUGCGCAGUUUUUGCGCGAUUUGCUAUUACCAUUAAAAGAUUAUCGCGUCGAUGAAAA